AUGAACAAAUUAAAAUUCCAAAAUAGUUUUGUACAUUGAUACGAAAGAACUAUGAGCAAUACUUCACCAAAGAAACAAGAUGGGAACUCAAAAGAUACAGAUUCUGCGGAAGAUGAUGAGGAGGACUUGCAGGAUGCGCUGAAGGAAAUGGUAAAAAUUCCCGAUAUUGACGAAAGACCGGGGACAAGUAGACGUCACUUUGAGGUGCAAGAUUCCCCUGAGAAGGGUGAACUAAAAAAAAAGUCAACCCGAAGAAUAAUACAAAAAGACCAAGCCGAACAAGGAUCGCAAACCUGUGAAAAUCGUAAAAAAGUUAAAAAGUCAAGCACUGAUAAAAAAGAACUGGAUAGCGAUGACAGCUGGGCUGCGCUGUUCAUAAAGAGGUUUUCCUGGACAAGGAAUCCAACUGAAGCCGUUUCGACCAGAAGUAACGCGGUCAAUCCUACUACCAAAAUUUCAUUAGCGGAGGUCACAGAAAAUAAUCUCAAAACAGGUGCAACGACUAAAAGCAAAUCUUCCACAGAAACUUCAAACGAAAGUCUAAUACGAACAGAUCACUAUGGAUAUUCAAAAUCAAAAACUGGAGAAACCAAUCAAAAUCAAUUAAGUGAUGAGGAAUCAGGAGAUGAAUCGGCUGAGUUUCUUGAUAAAUUAAAAAAAAUUGAGGAGGCCUCCAAGCCUAAGUCUUGGAAGAGGCCAACGCCAAUAGUCAUAAAAGCCAAUCCGAUUUCUUCUACCACCAAAAAGACUGAGGAUGAAGUGCAGGCGAAGCCACGUUCCGACAAUGAAGACAAGCAUAGGUACAUAAAUAUUUUAAAGGUUCCAUUUCAUCGUAAUCUAAAUUAUGCUGCAGAAAAUGAAACAAACAAUCAAACGACAAACAAUCAACCUCCUGAAGAUGUAGAUACUAGGACAUCUCCCGAGAAAGUAUCAUUAGGAAGUCCUCCUCCGAAUUCAGCCCUGAAAUUCGCACAAAAAAAUGAGAAUAUCGAUGGGAAAUCAGGAGAAAAUCCCAGAGAAAUUUCUGCAGAAAAUGCGGAACAAAAAAAGCGUGUUAAUACCGAUUCGCAAAGAACUCUAACAAUCACGGGGCAUUCGCAUAUCACCACGAAAUGGCAAGAUCACUGCCAUUUUAGGGAUUCGCAGCAAACGGGUUCGGAUAAGGUCGCCAAACGGAAACUAAUAACCGCCUGCUUUCUGUGUACCAUCUUCAUGAUCAUCGAGAUUGUCGGGGGAGUCAUUUCCAAUAGUCUGGCCAUCGCCACGGAUGCUGCCCAUUUGCUUACCGACCUGGCCUCGUUCCUCAUCUCCCUGUUUGCACUGUACUUGGCUGGAAGACCCUCGUCGGAGCGUCUGAACUUCGGAUGGUAUCGGGCAGAGGUCAUUGGGGCCAUGAUAUCCGUGUUCUUUAUCUGGGUUGUCACAGGCAUCCUUGUGUAUAUGGCCAUUAUGCGGUGGGUACACCAAGAUUUCGAUCUGGAGGCCAAGAUAAUGCUGAUCACCUCGGCAUUGGCCAUACUAUUUAACAUAAUAAUGGCGGUGCAGUUGAACCAUGGUCACUCGCACUUUUCCCCGGGAACAUUAAGGCGAUCGAUGGCGAUUGGAUCGCAGGAUCACGUAAUGGUGGGAAGAUCGGUGUCUGCUCAGUUUUCUGUGAAGGGAGAACAGAACAUCAACGUGCGGGCGGCUUUGAUCCAUGUGAUAGGGGAUCUCCUCCAGAGCGUUGGGGUUUUUGUGGCCGCAUUGAUCAUAUUCUUCAAGCCGGAUUGGGCCUUCAUGGACUCCGUUUGCACGUUCCUCUUCUCGGUGCUGGUUCUUGUGGUCACAUUUAAAAUCUUAAAGGACGUACUCAUGGUCCUGAUGGAGGCAACACCGGACUUCAUGGACUACGAGGAGGUGAAGCGAACAUUUCUCUCAAUUCCGGGCGUAGAGCACGUCCAUAACCUGAGGAUUUGGGCUUUGUCCAUCAAUAAGAUCGCCUUGUCCGCCCACCUGGCCAUUUCGAAGGACGCCGAUCCCCAGCUGAUCCUCGAGGAGGCCACCACCCUCAUCCACAAGCGAUACAGAUUUUUUGAGACCACCAUCCAGAUCGAGGAGUAUUCGCCGGAUAUGGAGAACUGCGAGAUGUGCUUGAGUCCUUCGGAUAAAAAGGAAGAUCGAAGGCCAUCGGACUUGGAAGAAGGCGUAGGGGGUGGUGACCGGAAAAAGGCAGAAAGGCGGCCAUCGGAUACAGAAAAUGGUUAAAAGCUGCAGUAAAUUUAAUUUUGCAAUUCUAAAUU